AUGGUCUCUUUCAAAUCCCUCCUCGUUGCCGCCUCGGCUAUCACUGGAGCCCUUGCUCGCCCCUUUGACUUCCUCGAGGAGCGUGACGACGGUAACGCCACGUCUGUUCUUGAGGCCCGUCAGGUCACCGGCAACAGUGAAGGCUACCACAAUGGCUACUUCUACUCUUGGUGGUCUGAUGGUGGUGGUUACGCCCAGUACCGCAUGGGCGAGGGCAGCCACUACGAGGUCGACUGGCGAAACACCGGUAACUUUGUCGGUGGCAAGGGAUGGAACCCUGGUACUGGCCGAACCAUCAACUACGGCGGUUCUUUCAGCCCUCAGGGCAACGGCUACCUUGCCGUCUACGGUUGGACUCGUAGCCCUCUCGUCGAGUACUACGUCAUCGAGAACUACGGCUCUUACAACCCCGGAAGCAGUGCUCAGAGGAAGGGAACCGUCUACACUGAUGGUGAUACCUACGAUAUCUACAUGUCCACCCGCUACCAGCAGCCUUCCAUCGACGGCGUCCAGACCUUCAACCAGUACUGGUCCAUCCGCCGCAACAAGCGUUCCAGCGGCUCUGUUAACAUGCAGGCUCACUUCAACGCUUGGGCUCAAGCUGGCAUGCGCCUUGGUAACCACUACUACCAGAUCCUGGCCACUGAGGGUUACCAGAGCAGUGGCUCUUCUUCUAUCUAUGUUCAGACCAAGUAA